ACGUUCCCGUCCUUUUCCUUCUUCCUUUCUCACCCACUUUCCUUUCUCUUUCUCUCUCUUCCCCACCGCAAUGUACCACAACCACCGCGACGCCGGCGGCGGCGGAGGCGCUUCUCCCUCUCCUUCUCCGACCACCACUCCUCUCUCCUCCCCGACCUCCUCCCUGUCCCUCACCCAAACCAUCAACGGCUCCCACCACUUCACCAUCCAGGGCUACUCCCUCUCCAAGGGUAUCGGCAUCGGCAAGCACAUCGCCAGCGACAACUUCACCGUCGCCGGUUACCAGUGGGCCAUUUACUUUUACCCCGACGGGAAAAACCCGGAAGAUAAUUCCACUUAUGUCUCUGUCUUCAUCGCUCUGGCGAGUGAAGGCACCGAUGUGAGAGCCCUUUUUGAACUCACCCUCCUUGAUCAGAGUGGGAAAGGGAAACAUAAGGUUCAUUCCCAUUUCGAUCGCUCCCUCGAGAGUGGACCCUACACCCUCAAGUAUCGUGGUAGCAUGUGGGGCUACAAGCGAUUUUUUAGACGGGCGAUGCUUGAAACGUCGGAUUUUCUGAAGGAUGAUUGCUUGAAAAUUAAUUGCACAGUUGGGGUUGUGGUUUCGGCUAUAGACUGUUCGAGAUUGCAUUCUAUACAGGUUCCUGAAUCUGACAUUGGGGUGCAUUUUGGCAUGCUAUUGGAGAAUGAAGAAGGUUCAGAUGUUACUUUUAAUGUUGAUGGGGAGAAGUUUCAUGCUCACAAGUUGGUAUUGGCUGCUCGUUCUCCUGUAUUUGAAAAUGAAUUUUCGGAUGCAAUGGAGGAAGAUAAUCAAGAAAUAGUUGUUACAGAUAUGGAACCUAGGGUUUUUAAGGCUUUGUUGCACUUCAUAUACAAAGACACUCUAAUUGAAGACGAAGAAUUCUCAGCAUCUAGUUCAUCUUGCGUGGCAUCUGUAUCUGAUACAUUGGAAGCUAAAUUGUUGGCUGCUGCAGAAAAAUAUGCCUUGCCUAGAUUGAGACUGAUGUGUGAGUCUGUACUCUGCAAGGUUAUAACAGUGAAUUCAGUUUCCCAUAUUCUAGCGCUUGCUGAUCAAUACUGUGCUAUGGAUCUGAAAACUGUUUGCCUCAAAUUCACUGCUGAAAACCUCAUACCUGUAAUGCGCUCAGAUGGUUUCCAGUACCUUAAAGAAAACUGCCCGUCUCUGCAGUCGGAGCUAUUGAAGACAGUGGCAGGAUGCGAAGAUGAAUUCAGUGUGUGGGGGAAGACACCAAGCGUUUGGGCACAGUAUUCUGAUGGUGAUGAUACAAACGAUAGAAGUGUGAGACAGCGAACCUGGGAAAAUGGAGGGGAAAGAAGUCGAAGCAUGUGGGUGCCACCACUUGAAGGUGGCGAAGCAGCAGGGAGUCCUGGGGAAGAAGGCUGAUAGUAUAAACACUAUUAGUCUGGUCUCCCUAAUGUAAUUAAACCGGGAAAGGAAAAUGUGGGCGCUAAAUGGCUAGAGGAAGAGAAACGAGAGGAUAUGGCCUCCUUUGUGCAUCAACACUUGAAUGUUUUCUGUUGUAUUCUUAAUCAAAAACAGAUGCUUUGGUGGCAAGAAACUGAGGGUUGUAUCAUGUGUUGUAAUAGAUGGAAAUCAUUCCGCAUAUUGAAAUUGUUGUUUGUUUUGUUAUGGGAAGAGGAGAGUGAGUUGAUUUGGGAAGCUAUGGUUGUACAGUAAAGGCCAGACAAUGUAACCAAAACAGUAAUUGGUAUGCAUAGCCUCUUGGUUACUGUCAAAUUAUUGGUUAUUAGUUCAGUUGGUGAUAACUGGGUGGGUUGACAUUGUCUCUAAUUUGACUGCCAAAUUUGUUUAAGUUGAUGAAUCAUUUU